AGACGGCUGCGAGAAUUGCCGCAGGUUGCGCCAGAGGCGUACGCAGUAGGACUUUGUCCCCGCCCCUCCCCCGGUGCCGGCACGGAAGCUCCGCGCUCCUGUCCCGCCGCCAUGGCCUCCCCGGGGCCGGUACGGCUCCUUCGGGCCGCCGCCGCCGCCUCCUCCUCCCGCCGCUGGCUUUUCUCCGCCUCGCCGGCAGCCGGGACAUGGCCAGGCUGCGGCAGCGCCGCCGCUGCCGUGAGGGCAGUCCGGCCGUUCGGCCUCUCUGCCCGGGCGGUGCUCAGCUCAGAAGAUAAAAUCACUGUUCAUUUCAUAAAUCGUGAUGGUGACAAACUAACAGCCAAAGGAAAACCGGGGGAUUCACUGCUGGAUGUUGUUGUUAAUAAUAAUCUAGACAUAGAUGGGUUUGGUGCAUGUGAAGGAACGUUAGCCUGCUCAACUUGUCAUUUAAUCUUUGAAGACCACAUAUUUGAGAAACUAGAUGCAAUUACUGAUGAAGAGAUGGACAUGCUGGACCUGGCAUAUGGCCUCACAGAAACAUCACGUUUAGGCUGCCAAAUCUGCUUGAAGAAAUCCAUGGAUAAUAUGACUGUUCGAGUACCAGAAGCUGUUGCAGAUGUUAGACAAUCAGUAGAUAUGAGUAAAAACUCCUAAAAGGCAAUAACUUAGGGGUUUUAAAGAAGUUUAAUUAUUUUUAUAACUUAUUUUUAAAUGUGUAAUUAAAUAUGGAAACUUACAUAAUUGUGAGUUAUUUUAUAUGACUAUCAAUAUUAGAUGGAUGCUAUUUUAAUUUUCUUUAUAGAACGUCCUAUAUUUUUACGCUUAAAAUGCAAUAAUACUUCUUAUAAGUGAUCAUUGGGUUAAGCGUUAGCAAGUGUAUUACAGGUUUCAUAUAAUAUGAUUCUGCCAAAACUAAUGAUGUUUGCAAGCCAGAUCACUUCUACAAGACUUCUAAAAACCCCUGGUCAUUUCUAGGUUUCAGACCUAGAUAUGUAAGAGAACAAAACUUGUAAGACUGAGUCUUUUUAAAGUGUUGUCAUUAAAGAUGGUGUACUCAGA